AUGCCCCAUUCUUCUCGUAAAGGUGAACUGAUACUUAAUCUUGAGAUCGGGAAGGUUGAGCGAAAGCUGCAAAAGGAAGCCAAACAACGAAAAGCUGCUCAAGUUGCAAAGCUGGCAGAAUCUUUAAACCACCUCAGAAUCUCUAGUUCUAGCGACUCUGAAAGCGAAGAACCUCACAAACACUUGCAAGAGUUCAACUUGGUGUGCUCCAGCAUGAAACCACUAAGUGUUACUGAAGAACAAAUCAAACUCAGAGCCUUCCCAUUCUCACUCAAAGAUGCUGCAAAGGAUUGGCUCUACUAUCUCCCACUUGGAAGCAUCGACACGUGGAACGACAUAAAAAAGAAAUGUUUGGAGAAGUACUUUCCAGCUUCCAGAACUAUGAUUCAGAGGAAGGAAAUAUGUGGCAUCAAGCAACAAUCAGGUGAAACGUUCCAUGAAUUUUGGGAGCGAUUUAAUAAGGUUAUUAUUAAAUGUCCACAACAUCAAAUUCCUCCACAAUUAUUGAUUCAAGAUUUUUAUGAUGGUUUGUCAUUGAUGGACAAGAACAUCAUCAAUGCUGCAAGUGGUGGAGCUCUGGUGAAUAAAACGCAAGCACAAGCUUGGGAUCUUAUUGCGAGGAUGGCUGAAAACACGCAACAAUUUGGCUCGAGGGAUGUUGGACACACAAGCAAAAAUAGUAACGGCCAUUCUAUCCAAUCAAUGCAGCAACAACUUUCCGAGUUGACGAGCUUUGUUCGCAAGAUGGUCGUGAAAAAAUCUAACCCGAAUGUCCAAGUCAAGGCAUGUAAUAUAUGCACGAAUGAAGGGCACCCUAUGGAUGCAUGCCCGACCCUCCAAGAAGGCUAUGCAAUGGAUGUAAACGCUGCAAACUAUGGUGCGAAUGGGCCUCCAGUGUACAACCCGUACUCCAACACUUACAAUCCAAACUGGAGAGAUUAUCCGAACUUGCGCUAUGGAAACGUACAGCAGAGUAAUGCUCUUCACCCAUUCGGAGUUACGCAGAAAAUACAACAACCUCGCUUCUAUGGGAAACAACUGCCCUAA